AUGUGCAUGAAUUCAAAUAUUAUAAACGUUCAACAUGCUUCGAGAAUUUCUUCCUGGAUUAACCAAAUUAGUAAAAAUUCACCGCCAUCACCAUCAUCGUUACCACCAUCAUCCAAAUUAGAUUUUCUUGAUCAUGAUAUUAAUUAUAAUGAGAAUAGCAAUGAUCUUGAUCUUAAUAUCAGCAACGAUAAUAAUAGUGGCAUUGGUGAUCGUAGAUACGAUGUAAUUCAACCAGGUUACGAAGCUAUUUAUGAUGAUCCAAAUUUUGGUCCUUGUUUUGGUAAAACUGAUUUAGAUAUGAGAAAACAAUUCAACGAACCAAAUAAUUGUUCGGCUAAAAAAACUUGUUAUAAAAACAACAUUACAAAUAAUGGUAAAUUUUCCGUAGAAGAUUAUGAAGUAUAUCAAGUUUUAGCUCAUUCUAAAUAA